AUGGAGGGAGGGAAAAAGCACCCCGAUAAAGACACAUCAAAAGGGAAAAAGGCACAUCAGGAUGCUUCAGGCUCAGCUCCACCAGAAGAACAGGAAAAGCCGAAAUCCUGUAACACAUACAGACUGGAGCCACGUACUAAAGUUCAGGAUGCUUUAAUAAGAGACAAAGCUCAAGCGAUACUAACGAAUAAACUACAAGGAACCACAUAUGAUGGAGCUUCUAGUCCCUUCUUGUGUGCUUCAAUCUCAGAAGAAAUAUUAAAGGCUGUGAAGGAUUUGGACUAUGACCGUUAUAAGUAUGUGGUAUCAGUGCUAAUUGUGGAAAAGGCAAAUCAGGCAAUGAUUGUUGCCAGCAGAUGCCUGUGGGAUGUUCAAAGAGACACAUGGGUUUCAGCUAAAUGUGAAACUGAUACAUUUAUUGCACUGGCUUUGGUAAUGGCUUGUUAUUACGACUAA